GCAGAACGGACAUAUCGUGCUAGAGAUUCCUCGACGACGAAGGCCGCCCUGCUGCCACAAUGCAUCGCCAGUCUGUCCUACGUCUGGCUCGCCAGACCGGCGCCUUCCCAGUGGGCGAAUUGCCUCCUCCUUAUCUCGCCCCGUCCCUCCAUUUCUCUCUGAAUCGGUCGCCUGCCCAAGCCGCGAACUUUUCGUCCACCGCCGUCGCCGCGGGCCAAGGACGUGAUCUGAACAAGUCUCGCGCCGUGUCCGCCAUUCACCGCACCGGUCCCAAGUUCAAGCUCGGUGUGUCGAAAUACGAGUUGCCUAAGCCUGUCCCUCGCGGAGAAGUCGAAAGGCGUCACCCUACCCCCGAUCAUGGACUUUGGGGUUUCUUCCCGAAGGACCGACAGGCAUUGAGCACCCCGGAAUAUGAUGUCGCUCACGGCCGCUCUUGGUCGAUUCAAGAACUUCGCGAAAAAUCCUGGGAUGACCUCCACUCCCUGUGGUGGGUCUGCAUCAAGGAGCGCAACCGCAUAGCCACCUCCAACCUGGAGAGAACCCGAUUGAAGGCCGGUUAUGGUGAAUACGAGUCGAAUGAGCGGGACCGCGUGGUUCGUGUCACGCAAAACGGCAUCAAGCACGUUCUGCGUGAAAGAUGGUAUGCUUGGGAAGAUGCUCAAAAGCUUUACAAGGACGGAUACCGGCCGCAGAAUGAGGACCUCCCGGUUGCAACUGAGGAGUCUGAGCAGCCCAAAGAGCCUAAGGAGUCUGAGGAGCCUACGGAGUCUGAGAAGUCCGAGAAGUCUGAGAAGUCAUGAAUUCCAUGAGAUAUGUCAUCAAAAAGACGCAGUUCAGAGCUUUUUUUGAUUUGACAGGUGACUACCCUAUUGGUCCUGUAUUAUUGUAUGUAGUAUAGUUUGCAACUUCCCCUUUUUCCUCUUGCUUUAGCUUGAUUCACAAUCUAUACAUCGUGUU